UUUGCUGAUUCAUUACCUUCUGAUAAUUCCAGUCCUACAAGGCUCUACAAUCCUUAUCUUUUGUACCCUGUCGUAUUUGAUUGGACUUUGAGGGAUUUUCAUGAAAUAUAUAAUAAUUCUUAUUCUACAAGAAGCGGGCUUUUCGUCUUACCUCCCCCUGAUAGUAUUACAAAGAUUUCUG